GGAAGAUAACGAUACAGUAGGUCCAGAUCCGCCCCAAAGUUCCACCUACGCGGAUCCCAGUAACUAUCUUGAACAACCUCUCGGCGAAGAGCAUGAGUCCCUGGAAGUUCCCAUAGCGAAGAUGGCUAAUGAGUGGAAUAAACCAGACGCGAUGAAUGUGCCUAGCACCAGCCCUACCCUGCCAGCAGAUUCGGACACCUCCUUUCCGAAUGGCCAGGGUUUGAUGCCAGCGCUUGCCCCAAAAGUCGGCAAGACUAGUGGUGCACCAUGGGUGGUCGAAGAGAGCGAUGAUAGCGACUCCAGUGAAGAAAGUGAUGAGCGUAGAAACUGUGUACCGAGUAAUGAGGGUGCUGAGAAAGAUGGUGGUGCAGUAAUGAAGAAUAUGGAUCCGCCUUUCGGAGUGGAGAAGUGGGGGAUAAUCUUGAAGCAGGAUUCGAGAAAAUCUAAGGUCAAGAACCCAGCGAGGCAGCUGAAGAAGGUGGCUAGGAGGAAGCCUGGCCGGUCGAGCGGUCGCGUCUCAGGCGGCACGUACAUCCCCUUUCCAAAGUCCCAUCCGAUCCCUCUCACGGAAUAG